UCUCUCUCUCUCUCUCUCUCUUUCUCUCUCUGUGCCACCCCCUCAUAUUUGGCAUUCUCAACCGCGCUUGAAGAGCCUACAGCCUACGACUCUCUCUCUCUCUCUCUCUCUUCCCACUUCUUUUCUAGGGUUCCUUUUCCAUCCACCAUCUCCAUUCUCUCUUUCUCCUACUCCCUUCACAACUUUCUCUCUCCAUGGAAGCUGUAUUAUCCUAGACGACAAAUCGUACUUGUUACAACUUUCAACUCAAUGGCAUCUUCAGAUGAAGAGGGUGAAAUCCUCCCAGAUUACGUCGCGAAUUACCAUCUUGUUGAUGAAAAUGAAGAACCCAUUUCAUUUUCCUCAUUACCACUUUGUUGGAGUGACAAUGAGAUCCCAGAUUGGUUGGGUACUCAGAUAUAUUUACGAGGAAGUGCGGAUGGUGGGCUUCAACAGAUCUAUAAGAAGGUCAAAGCAUGGAAGUUUGAACUUUCGUAUGUGCUGCCUGAGAUUUACCUGCUUUUCAAAGACAAAACUUGGAUAAAGCUUCAAAAGCCUAGGAAGAGUUUUGAGAAUACGGUUAAAAAGAUCUUGAUCACAGUUCACUUCCUCCACUUCCUGAAAAGGAAUCCAGAGGAAACUAAGAAUGCCGUGUGGAACCACUUGCGUAAAGCAUUCAGCUCAUAUGACAUCGAGCCUUCUGAGAGUGAUCUCUUAGAUCAUAUGCCAUUAAUCAACGAAGUUGCAGCAAGGGACAAAGAAAUAGCAAAAUCUGAGUAUCUAUCGUCUCUUCUUCUGGAGAUGGCUGAAGAAAGGAAAUGCUUACAUGAGCAGGACAAUCAAACAACAAAGAAAGUCAAGUUUAUCAUUGAUGCAACAUAUGAUGACGACGACGGUGAUGACGGCGACGACGACGAAUCUGAUGCAAGUGUAUUAUUUGAUACUGUUUGUUCCAUUUGUGAUAAUGGUGGUGAGCUUUUGUGUUGUGAAGGAAGGUGUAUGAGAUCCUUUCAUGCAACAGUAGAUGCUGGAGCUGAUACUGAAUGUGAAUCUCUUGGCUACUCUGAUGCUCAAGUUGAAGCAAUUCAGAAUUUCCUGUGCAUGAAUUGUCAACACCAGCAGCAUCAGUGCUUUGUUUGUGGCAUGUUGGGCUCUUCCAAUAAUGCUUCUGUUUUGGAGGUCUUUCCUUGUGUUUCUGCAACUUGUGGCCGCUUUUAUCAUCCAAAAUGUGUAGCGAAACUGCUUUACCCGGGGGAUGAAACUCAGGCAGAGGAAGUUCAGAAGAAAAUUGCUGCAGGAGAAUCAUUCGCAUGUCCUGCCCACAAGUGUUGCAUAUGUAAGCAAGGAGAAGAUAAAAGAGUCAUUGACUUGCAAUUUGCAAUGUGUAGGCGGUGUCCGAACGCAUACCACAGGAAAUGCUUACCCAGGGAGAUUGCUUUUGAUGGUAAAACUUUCCACCAGAGGGCUUGGGAUGGUCUUUUGCCAAAUCGUAUAUUGAUAUAUUGCAUGAACCACAAGAUCAUUCCAAAGCUUGGGACUCCAGAAAGAAAUCAUAUUGUAUUUCCUGGCAUUGAUGGAAAAAAGAAACGAUUAAAGUUGCUGUCAUUGAAAGAGGAGGAGGAGGCACGAAAGAGGAGACUAAAGCAGCUUGCACAGAAUAGAAGUACACUUUCUGGAAGUGUAAUGGAAAGAACUGCGGUCAAGAUGGAAAAAAAGGUUGAGGAGUAUCCUUCAUUUACACAUGGCGAUUUGACCAAAAAAUUUGGUCAAGGAUUUCCCAGACAAGGGGUUGGGUCAAAAGUCGCCGAUGUCACCAUGAACUCUUUGAGGGCAAACAAUGCUUCUGUCCAGGCAAAUGUAUGCAAGCCUUUCAAAGGAGACAAUAGCCAUUCAUCCUUGGGAAAUAACCAUUCAGUGCUGAGUAUGAGGCCUUACGUGGUUAGGCCUAAGAUGCAAGAUCUUCCUAGUGGUAAGGCCAAGAACUCAAUAGAAGCUAUUCCUGCGAUGGAGAAAGUUAGCAAAACACUACCUUCAGUGGAUACAGAAUUGGAGAAGCGAAUGAUGGCGUUAAUGAAUACUUCGACUGCUUCAUUUAAUUUGGAAGAAUUCAGGAAGGAGAAGAGAAGGCUAUGUAGUAAUGAGAGCUCCUCAAAAUAUGUGCUGGACAAAACCAUUACAAGUGGAAGGGUGGAGGGUUAUGUGAAGGCUAUUCAAGCUGCCUUAAAGAAGUUAGAAGAAGGGUGUACUCUCGAGGAUGCAAGAGCUGUUUGCCAGGCAGAGGUUCUAAAAAAGAUUGUCAUAUGGAAGAGAAAGCUCGGGGUCUAUCUUGCACCUUUUCUCCAUGGCGUGCGCUACACAUCUUUUGGACGUCAUUUCACAAAAGUUGAUAAGCUUAAGGAGAUUAUUGAUCUGCUCCAUUGGUACGUGCUAGAGAAUGACACGAUAGUCGACUUCUGCUGUGGUUCGAAUGAUUUCAGUUGGUUGCUGAAAGAAAAGCUCCAACAAAUGGGGAAGAGUUGCUCAUUCAAGAACUACGAUCUUAUUCAAUCUAAGAAUGAUUUCAAUUUUGAGAAGCGGGAUUGGAUGACUGUUCGUACAGAAGAACUACCGGCAGGAUCUCAAUUGAUCAUGGGGCUAAAUCCUCCUUUUGGAGUCCAAGCAUCUCGUGCCAACCAAUUCAUAGAAAAGGCUCUUACCUUCAACCCAAAGCUCCUUAUUCUUAUUGUUCCUCGAGAAACCAAACGUCUUGAUGAGAAAUACCCCCCAUAUGACUUGAUUUGGGAGGAUCACAAGAUACUUUCUGGCAAGUCAUUUUACCUACCAGGAUCGGUAGAUAUGCAUGACCAGCAAUUGGACCAGUGGAAUCAGGUGACACCACCGCUUUACUUAUGGAGUCGCCCAGAUUGGACUGCCAAACACAGAGCCAUUGCUCAACGACAUGAACACUUACCGAAAGAGCAAGAAGCAGCGCACACAAAAGGAGAAAAUAGCAGAACAACCAUCUCAAAUUACCUAAUGGAGGAGAAUCACGACUGUUACAACAAUUUCUCCAGUAUAAUGAAUGGUUACGGUGACAUUUCUCGUAUAUUGGAUGACAUUCCUGAAGACUCUGCAUACGAGGUUGAAAAUGAAGGUGGUGGAGCGGAAAAUGUAGCUGGUGAUGACUAUAGCUGCACCAUUUUCUCUGAUGAAUUGGAAAGGAUGCUGGAUAAGGUUGAAAAUGAAGGUGGUGGAGCGGAAAAUGUACCUGAUGAUGACCAUAGCUGCAGCAUUUCAUCCGAUGAAUUGGAAAGGAUGCUGGAUGAGGGACUGCCGCAGGGAAAUCGAAGUAAGGGGGAUCUCCAAAUUGUUGAUGAAAUGCUUAUGGACAUGGAAAAUCUAGUGAAGACAGUAGCUCAGUUGCAGCAAUCUCCAUAGGGAUGUUACUGGAACCCAAGAUAGAUGCAUCAGCAUGUUGAUAUAUGUACAUAUAAAUCUAUGAUGUCUCUGGGAAAUACCACAAAUAUGUAAUAUUUUGCUGUGAACUUAGUGAAAAAAUUUCGGGCUACGUUGCAGUGUUUGGUGGUCGAUGUUACCAGGGGAGACAAUCUAACGCUAGUGAAGGGCGGAAAGUUUUAUGCCAUUGAAAAAUAUCAGGCAUCAUUGUGAUGAAAUUGUUACGGCUAAUGGUAACAAUGAUACGGCAUAUGUAAUCAAUUUAUAUUGCCAUUUUUUGGUGCUGGUCUUGUGUGUUUUUGUCUCCCUUUCUGAAAGGGGGAGACGUCAGACAUGGGCUGGAAGCUCUAGAAAUGCAGUUCUAUUUUCUUCGUA